AUGAGAACCUCACAUCCGAUAGCCAUGUUUGUGAUAGCCAUUGCAGGUUAUGGAAUCCCUGAGUUAUUUGCUAAUACUCUCGAACCUUCAAAUACUCCUCCAGAAAUCCUACUGCAGACUCUAACGGCCCUCAGCAACGCUGCCUACAACUGCACAAAGGUUCGAGCUUUCCUCAGGGGAGAAGGCUUUUUGCAUCACUUGAAUAACUUGAAGACCUUCUGCCAAACUAACGCAGAUGAACGUGUUCGCAGUCUUCUCUCCUCGACGGAACUUCUGAUUAGUGCACUGUCCCAAUAA